GUAUUUUUUAUUCGACCGUCUUAACGCGACUCAUACCGGAUGUGCUAAAGCCGAUCACUACGUCAUAUAAAAAUUCUCUCCUGACAUUUGCGAGAAACGCGAAGACUUGGAUGAAAACAUCACUACAAAACUUACCGCAGAACCUUAGAGCAACAAAGGUCUAACACCACCUGUAACUAUUACUGCAGGUCUCGACCGUCGACGUUUUCUGCCACAAGCUUCGUCGAACCAUCUCCCUAAACCUGCUUGCACAAUCAGCACGCGCCGUGUUCGAAAGCCCCGAGAAAGUAUCACAAAUGCUAACCGACUUUAAACAGAUUAAUUUCGCCAUCAUUCAAAAGAAAUCGGCGCUGGUGUGCGACUGCGACCGCGCGCACAUCCAGCUGGCAAAGGAAGAAUUUGAACAGAAACUGCAACAACAACCGACAUCCUUUGAACAAAUAUCCUGUUGGCUGGAAACAAUACUUGUACGAAACCGUGUACACCAGUCGAAGGCGGUCGGUAAAUUUCUACUCAAUUGGUCCUACAUAUUGUCGGAGAUAAUGCAAAGAAUGACGUUGAAACGCUGCACUAGUUUUGGAUCGUUUUAUCUCGUUCGACUCUUCUGUGACGACUACUUGAUCUAUCUGUUGGAUCGCCGCAUCUGCAAGACAGAGGAACACCUGCAGUUUGCCUCCGCGUGGACAAGCUCGAAAGUCAAACAGCUGACUACAAGAGCAAUAGCAGAACCGAAAGUAAAUGCAGAAAGAGCUGUAACUGCUUCCGGUAUGGCAUGCUGCGACUGCUUACAGCCUGAAAGUGCGCAUGAAGCAAAACAAGACACCUGAAGGGUUUCUGAGACAAUGUAAGAUGUAUGGGCGUCAAUUAAGUACAUACAAACAAGACCAGCAACGAAUAAUGACAAAUCUAUCUAUAGACGUAUACAUAGAGUUGUUUGUAAACUGGUACAG